GUUAACGUAUGCUCAGUGGAUAGGAUAAAAAAUGCAAGCAUUAUGCAGAACAUUUUCUAGUGUACUGUAUGUAGCCAACUGUUCUUUAGACUGAGUGGUGCGCAUGCCCCAUGUCAUAGUAAAGGAAAAGCACAAUGAAUCCUCUCUCUCAUUGACCACAGUGCGCAUGGUCAUUGCUUUUGUAUCAUUUAUGUCCGUCUGAGCAAGAUCAGCUGCACUUCAUGUAUUGCAGAAAUAAGUUUUACGGCUUUGAAGUAGGCUUUUUUCAAAGGAAUCAUCGGAUAAGGAAACAGAAUAUGUCGGUAAACAAAGCUAAGAAAGUAAAAAUGGCUACCAAAUCAUGCCCUGAGUGCGACCAACAGAUUCCAGUUGCUUGCAAGUCUUGUCCCUGUGGCUAUGUAUUCAUUAGUCGAAAGCUUCUAAAUGCCAAACUGAAUGAGAGAUCACCACCAGCAAUAGACAAAUUGGAUGCAAAGAGGAGGAGAACUGAAAGAAUUCGCAGAGAGAAGAUCAACUCUCCGUCAACCAAUGACAUGGAGAACAGAAGGCGAUGCCGCUCCAACAGCCAAUCGGAUCAGAUCCGGAGAGGGCGGGGCAGGCCAAAGACAGUUGGGCUGAAGAAGCAGGAGGAGGAGAAAGAAAAAAUUGAGAAAGAAGUUGAUAUCUAUGCCAACCUCUCAGAUGAGAAAGCAUUUGUGUUUUCGGUGGCAUUGGCCGAGAUCAACCGGAAGAUCCUGGGCCAAAGACUGAUCUUAUAGACAGACCAGAUGGUUGCUUUGAGGGAUUGACAUGUGAAACCUAAGAUUGUUACUGUGGAAAAACCCAUGGAUGACCACCACAGUGUGUCUAACAGGGUAUGAACUCUGACCCAUGAACUCCCUGCCCGAUUGGUCAAAGCCUUGGGAAAAUGGAGAUGUUGGGGAACAUUGAGAAGCAGGCACCUGGUCUGCUCAAGAGGAAAUGUUGGAACCAACUUAUCUUUAGAGUAAGCUUAUGGAAUUGGAGGGGGUAGGACAUCUGAAUAUUUAUCUUUUAAUCAGAUU